AUGGCGUCAACAUCAACCCAAAAUACCAGCGAAUCCCUGCUCGGAAGCGCCGAAAGUAAAGUCCUCGUUCUACCAGGUGACUGCAUACUGGCACACGACAAAAACAUUAUCGCAUCAACGGGCACAUAUCUGAAGAAUGGCUACAUCUACGCGUCUUUAGCCGGUCAGCUGGAGAUUGAGUUGAUAAAAGAAGAGAGUGAAAAGCCCGUUGAAGCAGCUUCCGGCAACAUGAAUACUUCAUUGAAUGAAUCUCAAAGCACAAUCAGCAAACGAGUCGUCCGCGUGGUGCGCCCUGGUUCGAAGAAGGUACCUUUCCCUGAACCAGGAUCUAUUGUCACAGCUCGAGUGUUGUACAUCAAAUCAAACCUGGUCAAAUGUUCAAUACACUGUGUUGAGGAUCACACCCUAAAGGUGCCCUAUGGUGGCGUCAUUCGCACUGAAGACAUUCGAGAUUACGACAAGGAUAAAAUCGUCAUAAGCCGCUGCUUUUCUCCCGGUGACAUUAUCCUCGCUCGUGUCUAUGCUCAUGGAGAAAAACACGAGUUCCUCCUGACAACGGCUGCGCCAGAGCUGGGCGUCGUCAUUGCCACCAACGACUGGGGCGAGCCUAUGGUUCCCAUUGGCCUCAACGAGAUGCUCUCAACGAGAU